UCCCAGCGCCGCCCAUCGGUCAGCCCUCAGAUCGAUCGAUCGGCGCUCAAAGUCGCUUCAGAUCCGAGAAAGCUGCUGGCGCCGCUGCCGAUCCCAGCCGCGACGCCAGCAGCUUCCUCUGCUCUCCAAUGCGCCGAGAAGCGACGCGGCGGUGCUCGGCUCGCCAUGCACGAUGACGGCUCCGCUGGGUGCUCGUCGGCCGGUCCGGUGGCACCCUAUUCGCGCGUCACCUGCCGGCGUCCCGACGACAGCCUCGCGCCGCCGCUGAUGGAGGGGCGGUCGGCGCCACUGCCGCCGCGCCGCCGGUGGGAGAGGCACUGGUGGUGGCCUGGGCGGCCCUCCGCCGCCGCUCGGCGCGCCCGGGCAGCGGUGGCAGCCUGCGCCGCCCCCGCUUCGAGCGGGCGCCCCCGCUUCGAGCGGGCGCCCCCCCGCUUCCAGCGGGCGCCCGGGACGGGUUCCCCGCUUCGAGCGGGGAGAUGCGGCCUGGGAUUCGCUUUCUGAAAUGUCUGCCUCCAAAGGGGAAACGACUAACCUGAUCUCAGAAUCACUCCGGCAGCCUCCCCGCCUGCGUGACCAGGGCCGGUUUGGCAGCGGUUUGGGCUGUGUGUGGGCUGGUCGCGGUAGGGGAUAUAGUGCUUGUUUAUGGUCCCACUCACUACUCCCGGCCAACGGGGCCUCGCGGGGCGUCCUCGUUUGCAGUAAAAGGCCUCUGCCAUCGCU